AUGCAGAAGGAUGCUGCGCCCCGCCGGACGCAAUUUUCUAGCUGUGAUGAAUGUCGUCGAUCCCGGGUGAGGUGCGACGCCCUCAGCCGAGGUAAUGUCGACGACCGUUUGCCUGUCUCCUGCAGCCGAUGUCUCAAACGGCACCGCCAGUGCACCUUCAAGUGGAUAGGCAAUAUCGGGCGACAUCUCUCAGACUCGGUUCGAGAGAGCCGCCGUCGACAACAUCACUCGGCGUCGGCAGCGGCGAGCAACAAGACCAGGCAGGAUGACGACUAUCCAAAAGCUUCGGAACCGGUGGAAACAACGCAACAGUCAAUCGGCCACCGAGCAUGGGUGGCAGCCGAGGAUCGCAGCCCAAAUGAGGCCCGAUUACUGACCGUGGCAGACCCUACCAUCUUGACGGGCUCUCCAUUGGACGUUCUCAACCCCUCCGACGCUCAGUUACUGCAGGCCGUCUAUCAAACGGGCUUUGAUACUAUUUUUGGCUCGUGGAUGAGCAGCUAUGGGUGUCCUUUUCUCUCGGAAACCAGUUUCAAUAAUGAUGACACGAGAAUUUCUGAUGUCUGUGAUUAUCUGGACCACUGGAUGAGAAAGCAGCCCCCCCGCGACGCUGCAAUGCCGGGAGGGCCGGAACGUAGUAGCGGUGGAGAGGAAGAAUCUCUAAGGAGUGCCAUGGCCGCCUUCUCGGCGAGAUGGCUACCCCUGGCGUUAGGAAAACUAGAUGCAAUACGGCGAUGUCCAAGCAUCGUACAUGCGCUCUGGCGGCAUGCCCGCCGAGAUAUGCUUCGUGUGAUCAACCGCCCGUCGUACCGCUCGAUGCUGGCUCUCUUCCUGUUCGCCUUAACUCCAAUUCCCGCGGGGAUUUCAGAGGAGGAGGAGCUCGACGGCAUUUCGGGCCAGGCGUGUAUUCACGCUGCCCUGCAACAGAUCCAGACCCUCCGGGCGCGGCAACGGAGCCUGCAAUUCAACGGCACCAAAGUAUCGGAACCGAUAAAAUCAAACGUGAUUCCAGCGAUCCCGGAGGCCGUGGCAACCACGGACUUUAUCACGGCGGAGAAUAUAGCGUACUGGGCCGCGCUGACUUUUGAUACCUCUGCGUCUUUGACGCUGAACUGCCGGCCUCUGCUGUCCUCGGGGCUGUUUGGAUUCGAGAGUGAGCUCCCGUGGCGUCUGGUGAGGGCUGGUGCGGCCAAGUUUCAGAAGCAGAUGCAAGAAUGGAAUACCAACGCAGCCAGUGAGAUAACGGACGAGCGAGCGAGCCAAAUCGUUGCCAGCGGGUCUGCGUGGAAACUGUUGGCUUGGAAGUUGACGGCGGUCUUUAAGGAAGCUCUGAGGGACGGUCACGACGAGUCGGAAAUCAAUAAAGCGUUUCGACUAGUGGUCGAGUUUAUCCAGGAGUUUAAUGACAUAUAUCGUGGUCCGUUAGAGGCAUGCCAACGGCGGAUGCCCUUUCUCGGAGAGCAGAUUCGGUUCCGCUGGUACUCGCUGAUGUUGCACUAUCAUCUCAGUAUCCUCUUACUAGUCAAUUCUAUCGAGGUCACGGGUCGCCUAGACUUGCUGGCUGAAGUCGCAGAGGCCAGUACUGACGCGCAGAACGUAGUCGUCAACGCAUUGAUAUUCGGCCUCCACAAUACCGUUACCCUGAGCAUUCAGCCACCUUCGGUCCCUUCGGGAUGUGUCUGUACUCCUGGGACGUCUGCUUCCGUUCCUAUCAUUGCCCUCGAUCCAUACCCUCACCACAUUGUUGCCGUGGUGCAACUGGUCCAAAAGGCCGUCGAUCGAGACCUGGCUCUAGGCAAGAUUACUGGAAGCGCCCAUAAAAACCUGCAAUCGGUUCUAGUUCGUGCGUUAGAUCACCUCCCCCAGAGUUCCAAGUCGGUCAAAGCAGCCAAGGGGAUGUUCUUAGCCAAGGAUUUGCCCUCCGGCGUGGGACAGCUUCCGGAUCUGUACUCAGGGUUGGAUGCACAGUGGCAGAGGUGA